ACCGGUAGAGGUGCCGUGUCUUGAAAUGGCGUGUAAGCAAGUUUUACACCAUAAAAGGUUUAUUCAAUGGUUCUUUCAAUGGUGAAGCCUUGUUGUUUGGAAUGGCAAUAAAAAGACAUUUUUUAAAAAACUCUUGAAAGCAGCGGAUGUAUGCAGAUAAACCUUCCCAAGAUGCUUUGCUGUUACCAGUAGCUGCACGUAGCACUUGCGUCUGUGUUUGGCAAUCGACUGGAAGUCGUAGUGUUGAAAUAUGCAGUCUUCAGUGGAAUCUUCUGGCUAUUUUGAGAAUUUCAGUAGUGAUUUGGACGAUUACGAUUUAGAGGAGGAUGAUUUCUUCUCGUCGAACAUCUCUUUUAACGGGCGGCUAGUUAUUUCAGGAGAACCAAGUGUUUGGCCAGUGCUGGGAACUGGAGGGAGAGGCACUGUAUUCUUGCCAGAGGAUACCAGCAGUGAUUGUGAAGAUGAGGAUCAAACAGAUAGUAUUUGUAGAGGCCAUGGGAUAUCUGUUGGUGCUGACCCACGGAAUAUCAAGUUUGAAGUCUUCUCAACUAGGAUACGUGAAGGGAAACGCAAACAAUCUGUGUUUUACUCUCUUAUGGUGCUGAGAACAGAUGGUAUUGAUCUGGAUAAAGCUAUAAUAGAAAGACGGUAUUCUGACUUCGCAGCUUUACACAAAGCACUAAAAAAAGACCAUCCUAGCUUGCUGGAGAAGGUAACCUUCCCUGGAAAAGUCUUUGGUCAGAAAAGUAAUUUAAAUCCUGAAGUGAUUGAAGCCAGGCGGUCUGCAUUUGAGUCUUUUUUACAAAAGAUCUAUCACCAUAAAGAAGUUUGUCUUCAUCCAGCAUUUCGAGAAUUUUUCUUUCUGCCAGAAUUACGGGAGGCCACAGAAAAUCUGAAAGGUGGUGAACUGAAGCGCAGCUUGAAACUUUUACUGAACAGUCUGCAUCUACAGGUGAAGUUGUGUGAUCAAGUGAGAGAGAUCAUUGCAACCCUGUCUGCAAUUGUUGUUGUACAUGAGGCUCAAAGCAAAUUUGAGGAGGCUGAGUGUUAUGCAAAUGUUGCACUAGAAUUAAUCCAGGAGGGGAAUUUCUCUUCUUAUUUGAUCCCCUUGAUGGACACAGCAGUGAAACUAAAGCGGAACCUGCAAAAAGACAAGAAAGCAUUAGAGAAACGUUUGGCUCAGGCUCAAAGAACGAGUGGGAUAGAUGUUGAUUGUGCCUUCACUCUGCGAGAACUUGCUGUUACAAGAUUUGACAAGUAAAACUUGUUCUAUGUAACUGCACAAUAGUAAGACAUGACAAAACUGUCAAACAGGCAGUUGAUAAGAAUGUAAAAAAAAGUGAAUCAGGGAAUAUGGGCAAAAUACUUUUAGUUUCAUAGCCAUGCACUUUCUUUACAAAUAUGCUUUAAAUUUAUUUCCCACUGACUUCUCUCUUGGCAAUAGCCCAUAAUUUGCAUGAGAUAAAAUCUCAACAAAAGAUAACCUUUGAUGACUGAUGAAUUAUUGACAAAGUGACCUUUAGCUGAGAGUAUUAAAAAGGGAAUGUGGGUUAAGCAAGUUUUGGCAGUAAUUUUAACACCAAAAAUAGGACAAAAGAAAUUUGGUUUGAAGUUCAUAAUUAAGCGGGCAUAAUUUAGCGGGCAUAUGGGGCAUUCUGAAGUUCAGACAAGUGGCGUGGCAACCCUCCCCCUGGACUGUCGUUUAUUAUGUGAACCAGUGUUAUUUUAAACGACGAGGCUAUAAAUUUGGCAAGGGAAUUUGCAGACAUUUUCCUUUAGUGGUUCCUCCAAUUUGUUAGUUUCAAUAGCAGUAUAGUAAUUAAUAUGUAGAAAUAUAUAAUAAUUUGACCGUUUUGAUAGUCCAUAACAUAGAAAUUACAGGGUUUAGUAGAUUGUUUUUAAUUUAAAUAUUUUUGAUACAAAAUUUUUAUUUAUUUUAUUUACUGAAAGUCUAGAAAUUGGUUUUCAUGCUAAUUACCGAUAUUAAAAAAAAAAACGUGAAUUUUGAUGGAUAUGCACAAUGCAUAAGUUGUGUUUUUUGCUAGGUAGGUCAUAUUUGUAUAAAUACAGCCUCAGUACUUGUUGAGCGGGUGCUAUAGUCAUCCCAUAAGAUUGGGUUAACACAAUAUGAUACAUUAGAUCUCUAGGAGUUAGGUAUGUUUGCCUCACCAGAAGUUCACACCGUUAAAAACAUUGUGUGUACACUAUUCAACAUAUUCUAUUUUUAUAUACAAAGCAAUAAUUGCUUUUAAUUAUUAUUUUUGAUAUUUUUGGCAUUACAUCUUUGAUUCAAAGAGCUUAGGCCCAGGUCAAACAUCAAACUUCACAUGAGAUGAACUAAAUUGCAAUUGAAUUGAUCCAAAUGGGUAAAGCUCAACCAUUGGGUCAAAUGUCGAACUUAAUUCAAAUUUAGAUGAGUCAAUACAUUCUGUCAUCUGCUUUAGACGGAUAGAACCUGAUAAUAGAUAUAAAUUUAGUUGGGCGAACUAAGUUGAGUUAAACGUUGUCGUGAACUUAAUUCGCUCAGUUUAGUUUGUCUCAUGCGAAGUCCAAUGUUUGACCUGGACCUUAGGGUGUUAGACACACAGUGGUCAAAAAGAAUGUUUGAUGUGUGACAUCUUCAUGCAGUUCAACUGCUGUCCCAUCCUUGGGUGCUGUUGCAUUUUGUGAAUGAAGACUAGGAAGUGUAGGUCGUGAUGUUAUGGGAAAACUCAAACCACUUCUCUCUUCCCAUCAGCUACAGUUGCAAGACAUGUCUGCCCUGCGUGUACUAAGAAUUAUCAUGGGGCAACUGCUGGGAAUGAGACGGUAUUGCCUGUACAUAGUGUAAAAUAGUUUUACACUGUUAUUUAUCAAAUAUUUGAAUUCAUAUGAGGGAGUAUGGGUAAUAAAUAGGACAUAGUUGAAAACAUGAGAGAAACUUUAAUAGGAAACACAAACUGUAGGAGACUUUUGUCUACAUUUUUUGAGUGUUUUUAAAUAACUCAUGUUCAAUAGCUGUUUAAAUAAUUUGUCAAAUUAUUCUCACAUUUGAUUUGUUAUCUAUUAAACAAGAAGAUUCCAUGUUUUCGUGUGUCUGUUCAGUAAUUGAUCACGGAAGAUGUCAAAAUGUGGUAAGAACAUGAGUGAUACACUUGGCUAUCGCCUCAUGUUCAACUUUUUUGUUCUUAUCACAUUUUUGAAUUCUGAAUUACUGAACAGACACAAAGCAACAUGGAAACGUUUUCUAAAAAAACUCAUGCUUUGGCAUCUUUUUAAUGUUUUGUAUUUUGGUAUUUAGGCACACGAAACCAUAAAAAUCAUAAAACAUUGUUUUCUUUGUUUUGUAAGGGAAUUAAACAUAGCUUUUUUAGCA